CGCUGAUGCCGCGGAAUAACCAGCGAAUGUUCACUGUCGCGCAGUCUGCCGUCUUACGGAUGCUCGUCUCACCAUGGGUGUUACCGGCCUCUGGACGGUCGUUCAGCCCUGCGCGAGACCGAUCAAGAUCGAGACGCUGAACCGGAAGCGACUGGCGGUGGACGCGUCCAUUUGGAUCUAUCAGUUCCUGAAAGCCGUGCGUGACAAAGAGGGCAACGCCUUACGAAACAGUCACGUUGUCGGAUUCUUCCGCCGUAUUUGUAAAUUGCUUUUCAUUGGGAUCAAGCCGAUAUUCGUCUUCGACGGUGGCGCGCCGGCCCUCAAACGUCAAACGAUUAAUGCGCGAAAAAGGCGACGAGAAGGUCGUCGAGAUGAUGCGGUCAGAACUGCUGGCAAGCUGCUGGCCGUGCAGAUGCAGCGUCUUGGCGAGGAGGAGGAGAGGAGGCGCAAGGAAGAGUCUGCCGCUGGCCGGCACGAGGACAACGAGGAGGAAGCGCCGCUCCCCGAGAAUCUGGUAUAUGCCGAAGAGACUCUAAUGACGCCUCAAGAGCGGACACGAAAUCGUACCUUCAAGAAGAAAGAUGCCUAUCAUUUACCGGAGCUCGAUGCCUCUCUUGCGGAAAUGGGCGGUCCGGCCGACCUACGCAUUAUGUCACUAGAAGAGCUAGAGGAAUAUGCUAGGCAAUUCAAUUCAGGAGAAGACGUUAACCUAUAUGACUUCUCCAAGAUCGAUUUUGAUGGAUCUUUCUUUCAGAGUCUUCCGGCGAGUGAUCGGUAUAACAUUUUAAACGCGGCACGGCUACGAAGUCGGCUCAGGAUGGGCUACUCAAAAGAUCAACUGGAUAGCAUGUUCCCUGACCGCAUGGCUUUCUCAAAAUUUCAGAUCGAGCGGGUCAGAGAACGUAACGAGCUUACCCAACGACUGAUGAACCUCAAUGGAAUGAACGACGAUGCGAUGUGGGGGGUUCAUGGUGGUGGUAGAGUUGCCGGCGAGAAAGGCAGAGAGUACGUCCUCGUCAAAAAUGAAGGCGUUGAAGGAGGGUGGGCUCUUGGUGUCGUCACGAAUCGCGACGAAGGCAACCGGGACAAACCUAUCAAUGUUGAUGAGCUAAAGAAGCCAAAACCUGACGAUGAACCGAGCGAAGAAGAAGGUGAAGAAGAUGAGUUUGAAGAUGUGCCCGUUGAAGGUCUGAACCGGCUUCCGAAACAACUUCUUCGGAACAACGGAGCCAGCCGAACAAUCGUUUCAGACACUCAGCAACAUGUCGUUGCUCCGGCUCGAAGGGCAGAAUCAGAACGCAGAACAGGGGAGAAGAUUAAUCCUCUGUUCGUUGCCGAUACGUCAGAAAAGGAGGAACAAUGGGAAGAUGUAGAGAUGGAUGAUGUUGAUCAACUGUUCGAAGAACCACACAUGACCGGAUACGAUUCGGAGGAAGAACAAUUGCAACGAGCAAUUGCUAUGUCUCUUGGCCAAGAGCCUGGGAUCGAUUCCGAUCACAUAGAUGACGACGAUUUCGCGGAAGUUUUCCAGCAAUCCCGAGUGGAGGAAGCAAAGUCCUUCACUGGAAAAUCAGGAACAACCAUUGCACGGAUGGCUAACGAAAGGAGUCGUAAAGGUGCCGCCGUCUCAGAACCGAUUCCAAUCAACGUACCUAAGCCCCGCCCAGAAGAUUCUGCCGAACAUUCGGAGAGCGAAGAUGACUUUGACUUGCAAAGGGCAAUGCGAAGUUCUAAAGCGGUUCAAAAAGACUCGAACCUGCCAACGAUGCAGACCCCCCCAGUGAAGGAUACAGGUGCAAGCGCAGGAGCUGCAGCAUCGCAUCUAAAAAAACCGUCGUCAUUUGAUGGUCCUUUGCCGUUCGAGAGACUAGACCUAGGGAGCUCAAUACUGGGAAAGAAGAAGAAAACCGCGGCGGCACCGGAUGAAAAUGCAGGAGGCUUUGAGAAGGAGCACGAAAUCCAAAGCACCGCGAGACCAGUACCGCCAUGGUUUGAACGCACCCACAAGGACACCUUGCAACAGGAGAAGACAUUCGAUAAGCAGGAUAGGGACAAGGCGAAACAAGAUGGCCGCUUUCAAUUUGAAACACCUGCUAGGAUACGCAGGCACGAUGCGAAUGAUAUCAUCGACAUCGACGAUCCUAGCCAAGAACCUCCGAUGUCCAUGAUAUUAGGGCAGGAUGCGAGUACUCAAAGGCCAACGACUUUACCAGAGUUGCCCCAGAAACCGGAUGAGUCCCUGUCGACACAGCAGCCUUUUAAGCCAAGAAGCGAGCAACCACCAGAAAGUCCAGAACUGGAACAGUAUGAGUGGGAAGAAUCCCCCCCUCCAGAAAUCGUCCAGCCUAGUUCUACGCAGGACGAUUUGUCUGGGGUCGAAGCGAUGAGGGCGAAGAAUGCGGUCGAUCCGACAGAUGAAGACCUUCAGGCGGUAGAGGAUGACCAGAACGUGAUUGCCACUCAAGAACACGUACCACAGGUUCCAUUAGACGAUGCAAUGCCUAUACCGCCUGAGAAUGAGGACUAUGACGAAUAUUUCUCCGAUCCUGAAGAAGCCGAGCUCUUCCGGCAACUGGAGACCGAGGCCGACGAGCAUGCUCGGUUUGCAUCGACUUUGAAUAACAAGAGCAAGGAGCAGCAUGCCAUUGACUUCGAUCAGGAGCUGAAACAGUUGCGGGAUCAGCAGAAGAAAGAUCGCCGGGAUGCCGAUGAAGUGACCCAGACCAUGGUCCAGGAGUGCCAGCAAUUACUCACCCUCUUCGGGUUGCCAUUUAUUACUGCACCUAUGGAAGCAGAAGCCCAGUGUGCGGAGCUUGUGUCCCUGGGUCUUGUGGACGGAAUCGUCACCGACGACUCGGACACUUUCCUCUUUGGAGGAACACGAGUCUAUAAGAACAUGUUCAACCAAGCAAAGUACGUCGAAUGCUACCUUUCCCAGGACCUGGAGUCAGAAUUUGCUCUAGAUCGUGAGAAACUCAUUGCCAUUGCCCAGCUCUUGGGCAGCGACUACACUGAGGGACUUCCAGGGGUCGGCCCAGUAUCUGCUUUAGAGAUCAUUUCAGAGUUCGAUUGCCUGGAAAACUUCAAAGAAUGGUGGCUUGCGGUUCAGAAUGGAUCGCGGCCGAAAUCGGAGGAUACCAAGAACCCCUUUCGUCGCAAAUUCAGAAAGAACUCGACCAAGCUCUUCCUCCCCGUCAAUUUCCCUGAUCCGAGAGUCGAGGAUGCCUACCUACAUCCAGAAGUCGACAGCGACCCCUCCACCUUUGUCUGGGGUGUGCCUGAUUUGGAUCGCCUUCGAAGCUUCCUAAUGGCCACCGUCGGUUGGAGUCCGGAACGGACGGACGAGGUCCUGGUUCCUGUCAUCCGAGACAUGAAUCGAAGGGAACUCGAGGGAACGCAAAGCAAUAUCACUAACUUCUUCGGUGGCAGCGUCGGUGCAGGAGCGUUCGCGCCGCGCAGGAAGUUGGAGACCAAAAGCAAGCGGAUGGAAAAUGCCCUGGGACGUAUUGCAACCAAGGCUAAACGUGGCAAGGAUAACGCUACGGAGGGAUUGGAUCAAGACCCGACGGGCGAAGAUUCGCCUGGCCAGUCGAGAGGUCAAACAAGGUCACGAGCCCGAAAGAAGAGGAAAAUGUGAGUGAACAGUGGUAAACUCAAAUAAUAGUAAUUUUCAUCAAACAUCACCACAACAACAGUGCGGGAGUCUUGCUGUUCGUCAUGAACUCAUCAAUCGCGUUACAUGUAGAAUAGUCGAUGCGAAGCAACCACUCUCUCCGGCACCUCAUAGUUUCCAUGGAAUAUCAACCCUUUCGGCCUCGCUUGAUAAGACGUCUCUUCAGGUCCAAGACUGACUCGGCCCAAGACGAACCGGCAUCAAGUCUGGAGCCCAUAUGUACCUUUAG